UGCAAAGAAAAAAGCGGGUAAAAUAAAAAAGGCAACGAGUGCGGCGAAAACAGAGGUAGGGAGACAGCGCACUACACGAUCCCCACAAAUCCAGAGUGUAUCCAUUUUCUCAAGUCAAAAUAAUUUCCAAUUUUACCCAACUCAAAUUUCCCUCCCUCCCUCUCUCUUAUUUUCCGCAACAUAAUAAUUGUAAGAAAAAAUAGUAACAUCGAAUCGAAUCUAAUCGGUUACACACACCAACACUGAGUGAAAACAAGAAGCAAAAGAGGUGGUUCAAUUCAUGGGUGGGUACAGAACCGAUGACGAGUACGAUUACCUUUUCAAGCUGGUUCUGAUCGGCGAUUCUGGUGUCGGCAAGUCCAACUUGCUCUCCAGAUUCACCAAGAACGAGUUCAAUUUGGAGUCCAAAUCCACUAUCGGCGUUGAGUUCGCUACCAAGACCUUGAACGUUGAUGCCAAGGUCGUUAAGGCUCAGAUUUGGGACACUGCUGGUCAGGAAAGGUACCGUGCCAUUACUAGUGCUUACUACCGAGGAGCUGUUGGUGCCUUACUUGUCUAUGAUGUAACGCGCCGAGCUACAUUUGAGAAUGCUGCAAGGUGGUUGAAAGAGUUGAGAGAUCACACAGACCCCAACAUUGUGGUCAUGCUUAUUGGAAAUAAGUCGGAUCUUCGACACCUUGUUGCUGUCCCAACAGAAGAUGGAAAAUCUUUUGCCGAGAGGGAGUCACUCUACUUCAUGGAGACUUCUGCUUUGGAAGCAACCAAUGUUGAAAAUGCAUUCACUGAGGUUCUUACUCAGAUAUAUCGCAUAGUGAGCAAGAGAGCAGUUGAAGCUGGCGACAGUGGCAGUUCCUCAGGACUCCCAUCCAAAGGACAGACAAUAAACGUGAAAGAGGAUUCUUCAGUUUUGAAGAGAUUUGGAUGCUGCUCAACCUAGAUUCUUCCUCCAUGGUGGUUGGUUUCUAUAGCCUGUGUCAUUCUGUAAAUGCCUACACACGUGAAUGGUGAUAUCAUCUUGUACAAUAAGGCUAGUCUUACAAAUUGUUUUGGAUGAUGUUAACAUACAAACAUCAUCCAUGCAGGAUUUAUGUUUCGUAAAAGGGUCUUUUUAAAAUCGUAUUUGUGACAAAUAGAACUACCCAAGUUCACAUAGUUCAAGUUUUAUUUGCAGGAUUUUGCUAUUUGUCUUGCUCCAAUUAUGGUGCAGCUAAUUACAGUUUCAAUCUGUUUUAGAAUCAAAGGAUUGAAACCCUUGUGUUUUAAUUUUAUGUAAGUGCUUACAGUAUAAGUUUGGAUUCUCUUUCAAUC